AUGGAGUCCACCAAUCGCGAACCCUCGGAGAAGGCUCUUGCAGAGUCCGUCUCUUCGGAAAAGUUAGACGAGUCGCUUAACUUCAAUAUCUCAGACGACACACCCCAGCCCGAUGGACCAACAGCCACGAAAUCGGAGGACGGCAGAUCAAAGGAGGGAACCGACGGGCAAUCAGUAACCACGCCGAAAUUUUUGACCAGAGUUAAUUUGAAUGCCAAUUCGGGCGCAACAGACGUCGAAGCGAACGAACAACGAACAAUCACAACAAAACUCUUCCCAAUCACAAACCUAGACCAGGGAAUCAUCGGCUGGGAUAGCCAAGAUGAUCCCGAGAAUCCUCAAAACUUCGCCAUGAGUCAGAAAUGGGGUCUUUUGGCCUUGAUGACUGCCAUGACGUUCAUUUCGCCUCUAGCAUCAAGUGCAUUUUCGCCUGCUGUGAGUUAUGUUGCAGUCGAUCUGCACGAAGAUAAUCAGACCGUUCUCUCACUAGGUGUUAGUAUCUUCUUGCUCGGAUAUACUGUCGGCCCACUCGUGCUCGCCCCGAUGAGCGAGAUCUACGGCCGUCGAAUUGUGCUUAGUUGUGCAAACUGGUUUCUUGUGCUGUGGCAGAUUGGCUGUGCCUUAGCCCCGAAUAUCGAGACUUUAAUCAUCUGUCGCAUGUUUGCUGGUAUGGGUGGCGCGGGUUGUCUCACCCUUGGAGCGGGUCUUAUUGCUGAUCUUUUCCCAAUUGAGCAACGGGGCCUGGCUACGGCCCUGUGGAGUUGCGGUCCCUUGAUCGGCCCUGUUGUUGGACCUAUUGCCGGUGGUUUUAUGGGAGAGACAAUUGGCUGGCGCUGGAUCUUUUGGAUGGUUAUGAUUGCGGCUGGCUUAGUGUCAUUUGGCAUUGAAGUUUUGAACCGUGAGACCUAUGCUAUCGUUCUUAUCCGUCGUAAGACUGAACACUUGUCUAAGGAGCUAGGUCGCAGUGAUCUUCGAAGCGCCUAUGAGACGAGUGUGGAGCGAGCUUCUCUCUCCUUGACUAUGAAACGUGGCUUGAAGCGGCCUAUUGUUCUCUUACUUCGAUCGCCCAUGGUCUUGCUCCUGUCCCUUUAUGUGGCUGUUGUCUACGGUCUGCUUUACCUCUUCUUUACGACUAUUGCGAUAGUAUUUGAGAGUCAGUACGGCUUCUCCACAGGCUUGUCAGGCCUAGCUUUUCUAGGCAUUGGCCUCGGCUUCGUUAUUGGAUUGAUCUUAUACGGCGUGACUAAUGACCGUGUUGUCCUGAAGCUCACCGUACGCAAUGGUGGUAAAUAUGAGCCGGAGAUGCGCUUACCGGCAAUGAUCGCCUUCUCAAGCCUCCUACCUAUCAGCUUUUUCUGGUAUGGCUGGUCAGUGGAAAAAAAUGCGCAUUGGAUUGUGCCUAUUAUCGGCAUGGCCCCGUACGGUAUAGGGAUGAUGGGGGUUUUCCUCCCGGUCCAAACGUAUAUCAUCGACGCUUACUCGAGAUAUGCCGCGUCAGGAAACGCGAGUCUCACGACUAUCCGAUCUCUAAUUGGAGCUGUGCUUCCAUUGGCUGGACCGCAAUUGUUCAAGGCUCUUGGUCUUGGCUGGGGCAAUUCUUUACUGGGAUUCAUUGCGCUCGCAUUCCUGCCGGUCCCGAUAUUUUUCUCACGGUACGGACAGCGCAUUCGAGAGAAGUUUCCCGUGAACCUGGAUGGUUGA